GUCUCUUAGUCUCCUACCCUCAUCGUCCUCCACCAUCCCCCACUGCCCUUACACUCACUUCACGACUUCACAGUUUACGGAUCGCUAACUGCCCACAAUGGCACCUUCAGCAUCAAAACAAAAGCGACUCGCAGAAAAGGCCGCUAAGCAGUCGGUAAAAGUCAAGGGUGGAGGCGAUGCUUCGACCUCUACGAGCACACCAACGGGCUCGGUCAAUGGCGGCAGCUCAGUGAACACCCCAUUGACCAGUUUAAGUGCUGCGACGAGCACCGAUGACUUGACUUCAAUGGCAAAGCUCCAGCUUGCUACCGAUAGGAGUGCAGCUGGUGUGCUUGUAUCUGAUCCCAAGGGUCGUGAUAUCAAGAUUGACUCUUACACACUUUCGUUCCACGGACGAUUACUUAUCGAGGGUGCUGAACUUUCGCUCAAUUAUGGCCAACGGUAUGGUCUUCUGGGUGAGAACGGUUCCGGAAAGUCGACCCUGCUGCAAUCCAUUGCUGAACGGGAUAUCCCCAUUCCCGAGCACAUCGAUAUCUACCUUGUCAGUGGCGAGGCCGAACCUUCAGAUGUAAACGCUCUCGACUACAUCGUUGCCUCUGCCAAAGAAAAAGUUGCUCGUCUGGAGCAGAGAAUUGAGGACCUCUCGGUCGCAGACGACAUCGACGAGGUGGCAUUAGACGCUACCUACGAAGAACUCGAAGAGCUCGACCCUAACACCUUCGAAGCCAAGGCUGGGUCUAUCCUUCACGGUCUCGGUUUCAGCACACAGAUGAUGGCCCGCCCAACCAAGGACAUGAGUGGUGGUUGGCGUAUGCGUGUUGCACUUGCUCGCGCUCUUUUCAUCAAGCCACAUCUUCUGCUCCUCGAUGAGCCGACUAAUCACUUGGAUUUGGAGGCUGUUGUGUGGUUGGAGGCAUAUUUGUCGAUGUACAACCACAUCUUGGUCAUUACGUCCCACUCGCAAGAUUUCAUGGACAGCGUGUGCACGAACAUAAUGGAUUUGACACCCAAGAAGAAGCUAGUAUACUAUGGUGGCAAUUAUUCGACCUACGUCCGGACAAAGCAGGAGAACGAGGUGAACCAAAUGAAGGCGUACCAGAAGCAACAAGACGAAAUCGCACACAUCAAGAAAUUCAUUGCUUCCGCUGGUACUUACGCCAACUUGGUCAAACAAGCAAAGUCAAAGCAGAAGAUCAUCGACAAGAUGGAGGCCGCGGGACUUAUCGAGAAGAUCGAGCAGCCUCGGCCGCUACGCUUCCACUUUGAGGAUGUUACCAAGCUUCCUCCUCCCAUUCUUGCCUUCAACGAUGUUGCGUUCUCUUACUCUGGCAAGAAGGAAGAUUACCUCUACAAGGAUCUGUCCUUUGGUAUCGACAUGGAGUCUCGGAUAGCCAUCGUCGGUCAGAACGGUACAGGGAAGUCUACCCUGCUCAAUCUCAUUACUGGCGCUCUCCAACCAUGCGAGGGUACCAUCUCCCGACACGUCAACCUCAAGCUCGCCAAGUACUCGCAACACUCCGCUGACCAGCUCCCCUAUGACAAAGCACCCAUCGAGCAUCUCCAGUCGUUGUAUGCUGAGAAGUAUCCCGACAAGGACAUCCAGGCUUGGCGUGCUCAGUUGGGACGAUUCGGUCUGUCUGGACAGCAUCAGACUUCGCCUAUCAAGCAGCUUUCGGAUGGUUUGCGGAAUCGUGUUGUCUUCGCUCAACUCGCCAUGGAGCACCCUCACAUCCUGUUGCUUGAUGAGCCGACUAAUCACUUGGACAUGGCCUCUAUUGAUGCCCUUGCUCUUGCAAUCAAGGACUAUGAGGGCGGUGUUGUCAUUGUCUCACACGAUUUCCGUCUCAUCUCGCAAGUUGCUAACGAACUUUGGGAAGUCAAAGACCGCAAGAUCAAGAAUUUGACUAGGGAGGGUCUCACAAUCGUCGAUUACAAGAACAUGCUUGUCAAGCAGAGUUACGCUGCUUUGGAGAAGGCGAAACUCUUCAGCAAGGGCAAUACCAGGAAGAAGUAGACAUCGACCUGGACGCCAUUCAUUCGCAUACAAUAUUCGUCACUCUACAUCCAACAUUUCCACGAACGUUUCACAAAAUCAAACUGUCCUCUGUAGCCUUGGAUUUAUCGAUCCUAUCAUACAUCUGUGUCAUUUUUCACUGUAGUCCAUCGCAUAGAGCGAUGUGUAUCCUUCAUUUCAUUUCCUUUUCUUCCAGUCCGUUGUCCUGAUUACGAUCACUGGCGUGCAUACCUCUCUGCAUCUUUUCUACUUCAACAUCAUUGAUCCCGAUCCACAUGUAUCUCUGAGAACGCUUUGUUUAGAUUCCAUUCGUCGCACCUAUAGCGUAGUCGAUGGACUAGAGGAAACAAUAUCAAUUGUAUCAGAUCACGCAAAAGAAUGUUCGUGUGUCCCAAAUUAUGAAAUGCUAGACGAAUGUCCAUGCAGCUUUCAUGCAUCAUGUC